AAAAGAUACGUUAAAUCUAGAGGAAAAGGAAGUAGUGUAAAUGAUAUAUUAAUGUAUCGUUAAUUAAUACAAGUAAAAACAUCGUACACUUAACAUGUUGUUCCGGUCUGUUCAUAUUGUGGCUAGGUUCAGCAAGUCCAGGAGCACUUCGGUUCCUCGAUUUUUCUAUUCUCCUUCCCUUCUUCGUCGUGGUUCGUCUUUUAGAGCUUCUUUGAUAUCUCGUUGUUGUUCUUCUGUGUGCGUUCGGUCUGAUAUUGAUGUGGCUCGAGACUCGGUGGUGAAGAUCUUUUCCUUUUCUAGAGAGCCAAAUGUUGUUCAACCUUGGCAAACAACUGAGAAAGAAUACUCAAGCUCUGGAUUUGCAAUCUCCGGGAGGAGGAUUCUUACAAACUCUCAUGUUGCGGGUGAUCACCCAUACGUGCAAGUGAGAAAGCAUGGUUCAUCCACUAAGUACAAAGCAGAAGUUAAAGCGCAUGGAUAUGGAUGUGACUUAGCUAUUUUAGGCAUUGAUAGUGAAGAGUUUUGGGAGGAUAUGAAUCCUUUGGAGCUCGGAGACAUACCUUUUAUCGGUGAAACUGUCUACGCUUUAGGUUAUCCUCGUGGUGGUGAUAGCAUAUCGGUCACAAAAGGUAUUGUAACGAGAGUUGAACCUCAAACGUAUUCUCACAGCUCCAUUGGAAUAUUAACGAUACAAACAGAUGCGGCUAUUAACGAUGGAAAUAAUGGUGGUCCGGUGGUCAUGGACAACAAAGUUGCUGGUGUGGUAUAUGAAAAUCGUUCAUCUUGUGACGACUAUAUAAUCCCAACUCCAAUAAUUAAGCAUUUUUUAACUGCUGUUGAAGAAACCGGUCAAUACAUUGGUUUAUGUUCUCUGGAUAUAUCAUAUCAAUCUAUGGAGAAUGAUUAUAUACGUCAACACUUCAAAAUGAGUACUGAAAUGACAGGAAUUCUUAUAAACGAAAUAAAUUCGCUGUCAAGUGCUCAAGGAAUUCUGAAAAAAGAUGAUGUCAUUCUAGCAAUUGAUGGUGUUCCUAUUGGAAAUGAUGAGACAAUUCCUUUUCGGAAAAAAGAAAGGAUCAAUUUCGAACAUUUGGUUACUUUAAAGAAAUCAGGUGAAACAGUCUUACUUAAAGUCUUAAGAAAGGGAAAAGAACAGGAGUUCAAUAUCAUUGUUAGACAUGAACAGCCGCUGGUUCCGGACCGACAUCUUCCAAGUUAUUACAUACUUGCGGGUUUUGUCUUUGUGCCUCUCUCGAAGCCAUACAUUAACUCUAGUAUAAUAUGUGAAUGUUCAUCAAACAGAAAGGCCAAAAAGGCUGGUGAACAGAUUGUUAUAAUUUCAAAGGUCUUAUUGAAUGACAUAACCACAGGAUAUCGUGAUUUCAAAGAUUUGCAGGUGAAGAAUGUGAAUGGAGUGGAAGUGUUGAAUCUCAGACACCUAAUUGAGCUCAUCGAAAUGUGUUGUGAAGAAGAUUUGAGGUUGGAUUUAGAAAACGGACGAGUUAUUUCCUUGAACUAUACAUCUGCAAAAGAAGCUACUUCUUGGAUCUUGGAACAUCACGGAAUACCAUCGGCCAUGUCCAAGGAUCUUAAGAUAGAAUCCAGUCAAUUAGGAUUCGCAAUUUUCGGAAGGAGGAUUCUUACAAACGCUCAUGUUGUAGAAGAUCACUCAUACUUGCAAGUGAAAAAGCAUGGUUCACCCACUAAGUACAGAGCAAUAGUUGAAGCGGUUGGGGAUGAAUGUGACUUGGCCAUCUUAGCUGUUGAUAAUGAAGAGUUUUGGGAGGAUUUAAAUCCUUUGGAGCUUGGAGACAUACCCUCUAUCGGCGAAACUAUCUUCGCUUUAGGUUAUCCUCGUGGUGGUGACACUAUUUCUGUUACAAAAGGUAUUACAUCGAGAGUUGAACUUACUAAUUACUGUCAGAGCUCCACCAAGCUAUUGACAAUACAAAUAGAUGCAACUGUUAAGCAUGGAAAUAGUGGUGGUCCGGUCAUUAUGGGAAAUAAAGUUGUUGGUGUAGCAUUCCAAGGUCUUCCAAGGUACAUAAUCCCAACUCCAGUAAUUAAGCAUUUCUUAAGUGUUGUUGAAAAAAACGGUUACUACUUUGGUUUCGAUUUGCCGGAUAUAUCGUGUCAAGCUAUGGAGAAUUCUCAAAUACGUAAAAACUUUAAAAUGAAUCAUGGAAUGUCAGGAAUUCUUAUAAAUGAAAUAAAUCUGGUGUCAGCUGCUCAUAAAGUUCUGAAAAAAGACGAUGUCAUUCUUGCAAUUGAUGGCGUUCCUAUUGGAAAUGACGAGAAAUGUUAGUUUUUCUCUUUUCUUUUAAAGCUCGCGAAAAUAUAGAUUUAGUUACAUAUUUUGCACUCAAUUGGUGAAUCUUCUCCAUGUGUUUUGAUGAAGUGAAUUUAUAUUUUCUUCAUGUGCAGUUGUUUUUCGGGGAAAAGAACGUGUAAAUUUCAAUCAUUUGGUUUCUAUGAAGAAACCAGGUGAGACAGG